UACUUGAAUUGAGAAAGCGACACUAUCAAAGCAGCUAGCUACGAAAAAGCAACAAGGCGCGGUUUGGUUUGAUAGUCGCAGCUGUCGUGUGUUGUCCGAGGCGUGUUGAAGACAUUUGUGGACAGGCAUGGCGCGGUUUUUGUAGGAUUGUAUUGUUGCAUGGUUUAUUUUUGAAUUUUGGUUUUCGUAAGACGCUACAGUGGUUUUAAAUCACCGAUUGCUUUUGGCUCGGUGAUCAAUCGAUCUGAAGGAUGUCAGCUCUCGGACAGACACAAGGAAGCGCGGUUCAUGAUUCGGAGGCAAAUAUUCACAAUCAAGAAAACAUGCUUUCACGACUACGAGGUGCUGCCAAGAACAGGAUUGAAAAUCGGGAAAAUGUUAACCCCAAACCGGGCAACAGAACUAUACUUGGCGUCUUGGAGAACAAUCAGCGCAGACAGCCCGUGCUACGCGCCGUUAAACAGGUCUCUGGGCCCCAAGCAGUUGCCUGCAAGUCUGAAGAUCAUGGCAGGAGCUUUGGAGAAAAACCCUGCACCAAACCACCUGCUUUCCAGAUUCAUGUGGAUGAACCUGAUGGUGCAUGUGCGAAGAAGCCAUCUAUCCAAAGAGCAACUAUGGAUUGCUCUCCACUUACACUAAAUCCUGCUGUGACGCGUCUUAGACAGCCUCUUGCCACUAUUGAUCUGGCCAUGGAGUCCAGUUUUGGAGAUUCUCCUAUGGAUAUGUCUGUGGUCGACUCUGAGGAGAGAUCAACAAAUGUCAAUGAAGUCACAGAAUACGCUGCAGAGAUACAUGCACACUUACGGGAAAUGGAGCUGAAGUCAAGGCCAAAGGCAGGUUACAUGAGGAAACAACCUGAUAUCACAAACAGCAUGCGUGCCAUUUUGGUAGACUGGCUGGUGGAGGUGGGAGAAGAGUACAAGCUCCAGAACGAGACCCUCUACCUCGCUGUCAACUAUAUUGAUCGAUUUCUUUCCUCCAUGUCUGUCUUGAGGGGAAAGCUCCAGCUGGUGGGCACAGCUGCCAUGCUUUUGGCUUCGAAGUUUGAGGAGAUCUACCCUCCAGAGGUGGCAGAAUUUGUUUACAUCACUGACGACACCUACACAAAGAAACAAGUGUUAAGGAUGGAGCAUCUGGUGUUGACUGUUCUCUCUUUUGAUCUUGCUGCGCCAACAAUCAAUCAGUUUCUCACCCAGUAUUUCUUGCACCAACCUGUGAGCAACAAGGUGGAAAGCUUAUCAAUGUUCCUUGGUGAGUUAAGUUUGAUAGAUUGUGAUCCCUUUCUGAAAUACCUCCCAUCUCAAACUGCUGCUGCAGCCUUCAUUUUGGCCAACUACACACUCACAGGUGGAUCAUGGUCAAAGGCACUUGUUGAGGUGAGUGGCUACACGUUAGAGGAUCUUAUGCCAUGUGUUCAGGAUCUACAUCAGAUCUACCUCGGUGCAGCUCAGCAUGCGCAGCAGGCCGUCAAGGAAAAGUACAAGGGCUCCAAAUACCAUGAAGUCUCUCUUAUCGAGCCUCCGGAGACGCUGAUUUUGAACUAACACCCCCUCAACAUUUUAUAACCUUUUAUAUUGGUGUUAACCAGUCCCAUACCUUAUGGAAACUGUACAUUUUUCUUAUUUCCGUAACUCCAAUAACUGAAGCUAUAGCCUCAAUUUUGGGGAAAUGGUGAGAUUAGUGAUAUGUAAAUUUUUAUUGGCAGUCCUUAGGGAUUGUGGCUUUUUAUGCUUAAUGCAACCAGAAAUUUGUACAUUAGGUGGUAAACCAUUGUUUUUUUCCAAUGUUUGUAUCCUAUUUUUUUAUGAGACUCCAGUGGUGCACUUUAUCCUCCUACACCUAAGGUGAACUUCCCUCUACAUCUUAAUAAAAGUGCUGCUGGCCUUUA